AUGUUGGUGAUCCACUCACUAACCGUGGAAAGUUGCAAGACGCACAGGCAACUUUCUUGUCUCAUAGUGGGAGGGGAACGAAAAGAGCACGUGAAAAACCACAGCAGUAGCCUUUAUUGCUUGCAGCAACCUUGGAGCCCCUCCUCUUUUUCACGGGACAUUCCGUUCUCCCCACCAGCCCUAACCUGUUUGCAACUUGGCAUGCAGGCAGAACAGGACUCUUUGCAUAGUAUUACCCCCUGGGACGGUAUCAAUUCCCUAAAACAGCCUAUUCACAUGACCCAAACUGAAAAAGUUUACAAAGGCAAGUGCCGUGGGCUCCGCACCGCCCGGAAGCUGCGCAACCACCGGCGCGACCAGAAGUGGCACGACAAGCAGUACAAGAAGGCCCACCUGGGCACGGCGCUCAAGGCCAACCCCUUCGGAGGCGCCUCGCACGCCAAGGGCAUCGUGCUGGAGAAAGUAGGGGUCGAGGCCAAGCAGCCCUACUCCGCCAUCAGGAAGUGCGUCAGGGUCCAGCUGAUCAAGAAUGGCAAGAUCACGGCCUUCGUCCCCAACGACGGGUGCCUGAACUUCAUUGAGGAAAACGAUGAAGUUCUGGUUGCUGGAUUUGGUCGGAAAGGUCAUGCUGUCGGUGACAUUCCUGGAGUCCGCUUUAAGGUUGUCAAAGUAGCCAGUGUGUCCCUUCUGGCCUUAUACAAAGGCAAGAAGGAAAGGCUAAGGUCAUAAACAUUGAUGGCAGAAAUGUAUUAAGAAUAAAUUUUCAUAUUCCAAAAAAAAAAAAAAGGAAA